AUUUCGGCGCAUGAUGUCGGACGAGGUGAUGCCAACCAAGUCCACGACGACGAAGAACUAUAAAUGGGCGUAUCGUGUAGGUUGCCCAGCAGUGAAAGCGUUGCUAUUCUGCUUGCUCCUCGAGAUCCCGGGCUCGUCGCUCCGCGUGACCCAUCGCGACAAGACGUGGGAGUGGAAUUGGCCCGAGAUCCAAAUUUUGCUAGUCAUUGUUGGUGCAGCCACGUUGGCGUAUUACGCUGUGCAAGGCAGUGACCCGGGCUACGUUACCGAAGCUAUGGUGCAAACUUCCAUGGAAAGCGAUACCCUUCUCGGCGUCGACGACGACGAGCUGGACUUAAGGGGCACGUCCAAAGCACGGGAAAUCGACUACCGAAAGUCGAAAAUCGCCGCGAUGGAAGCAGCCUUGGAGCUCAACAACAAUGCCACGAGCGAGAAUGCGGAUGCAAGUGUUGAGCUUAGUCCUGCACCUACCAUGGACUUCUGCACCGUAUGCCAGCUACAACCGCCGCUCCGCGCAUAUCAUUGCGGGUUUUGCAACCGCUGCGUCGCGACAUUUGACCACCAUUGCUUUUUCAUUGGUUCAUGUGUGGGCGAAAGGAAUCACUGUCGGUUUUGGUGGUUCCUGGCUCUCACGACCGUCGAAGUGUACGCGUGCUUGGGAGUGGUGCAUUCUGGGUUUCACGCAGCGACAAGUGUCCAAGCGUGGAUCCAGCUCAACAGCAUCGCGUUGGUCGCGGCGCUGUUUUUCUACGUACGACCCGAUCACGUCAUCACGUUGCACUUUUUUUUUCAGUGUGAUAACGUCAUUUCAUGGACUGUCUAUCCAACAAACAUAUGGUGGUGGGUUAUGUACAGACGUUUGCGGCCAUGGCGUAUUCGCUGUGUGGGUUUCACAGUACGUCGUCACACGAAUAAAAACUCUGGAUUUGUCGCAUACAAACCUGCAUAUCAAAUGGACGACUGUAUUCGUGUAGCGUUUAUCAUGCUGACCAAUUCCACGACGCGAGAGUUGGGCAAAGGCCCAGACAAGCUGCCGUACUUGCGGGGCACCCGGGAAUGCGAUUUGCCCUUCAGCAAUGGAUUGGUGCGCAAUGUAGGCGGGUUUUGCUGUUUUCGCGCCGGCUGUAGGGGCAUGAACCGACACGAGUGGACUCCGACGGAUUGGAAACCAGUGGGGCAAGUGGUCCACUUUGCAUGGGAUAAUUCCCACAUUUGGCUCAUGUAUUUAUUUCCCAUAGGAAAAUCGACAGGAAUGCAGCCAACAUUUGCGACAAUUUGUGGGAGAACCAAUAUUACAGUUGCUGUUGACGAUAAUAAAAUGAAUUGAAUUCGAUGCGAA